AUGGUUGCGUCAUUUCUUGAAAAAUCUCAUAAUCUUAUUCUGAAUUUUCACUCCAUGUUCUCAUCUGUACAUAUGGUUGAAUGUACUAGAAGGUUUAAAUACCGGCCCGUGACAGAGCUCAGGGUCGGAUCCCCGCCGCCGUCUUCUCCCUCAUCGCAGAAAACACCUCCAAGCAGCUUCUUACAACUGAAACUAAGCAGAUUGAUUCUAUUCUUACUAAGUUGGAUCCUUCCUUCUUCUGCUCCACCACUUUCAAGCUUCAAGUUCAGGCCGGGUCCGGGUCUUCUGUUCUUCUUCAUUCUGAAAUUGUCCUCCCUAUUAAGGGGGACAGCUGAAAACAGUAACCUAAUAUAUCUUUGCCCAACAGAAUGCAUCCCUCAAAAGAUCGAGGUGGACAUUAGCAAUUUGGACAUUGGAGACCGGAUCUUUAUGAAAGAUAUUGAGGUUGAUCCGUCAUUGAAGCUUUUAAGUGGGAAUGAUACAAAACCUAUCUGCAAGAUUGUGGCUUCAGAAGUAGAAAAUCAGUUUGCAGGUAGGUGAAGGGGGUCGAUAAAUGAAUUGAUCCACUAGAUGCAUACCCUCUGAUGUCUGCAGCACUAGUAGCAAGCCUGAUUUAUUUUUUGGUUCAGACAGAUCAUUAUGUUGCUUGAGAUUUAAGUAUAGAGCCGACUUUUUCUUAUGUGAGCUAAGCUACUUCUGUAGAAGUUAAACAUGGAACUACUGUUGUUUACGCAUGAGGUUUUUAUUCUCAAAAGAAAUAUGUCUGUAAAAUUGUACCUGAUUUUUCUGUCCCCGGAUCAAUAUGUAGCAAGUUGAGACCUUAAAAUUUAUGCUUCUAAACAUAUCUCUU